CAUGCCACAUAGAGUCGCUGGCACACUGACUGAUUAGGGAUACCAGUACCACUAAGUAAGAUCGACGACAUGGGAUUCAUGUGCUGUUCCUCACACCCACUACGGGCAGCCUCGUUGCUGCUGCUUUGCUUCUGCGUGGUGCUAUCCAGAGUGCACGCAGGAGGAUCUCGUUCUCGCGAGCUUUACAUCGCUUACCUAGGCGACGUGAAGCACGAGCACCCGGACGAUGUCGUCGCCUCUCACCAUGAAAUGCUCGGCACUCUUCUCCAAAGCAGGGAGGGUUCCUCAGCCUCCAUGGUCUACCACUACAAGCAUGGUUUCUCGGGCUUCGCCGCCAUGCUCACCACGGACCAAGCAACAAGGCUUGCAGAAUUUCCGGGAGUCAUCAGCGUUCAACCGAGCAAGACGUACAGGAGCACCACCACGCGGAGCUGGGAUUUUCUUGGGCUCCAUUAUCCGUCCUCCCAUAUGCCGGCCAGUGAGUUACUGCACGCAAGCAACUACGGAGAGGAUAUAAUCAUUGGCGUGAUUGACACCGGGAUAUGGCCGGAGUCUAGAAGCUUCAGUGACCAAGGGUACGGGCCGGUGCCAUCAAGGUGGAAAGGAAAGUGCCAGGUUGGGCCCGAUUGGGGCAACAACAAUUGCAGCCGCAAGAUCAUCGGCGCAAGGUUCUAUACCGUUGGGAUCGCCGACAAAUACUUAAAGGCGGACUCUCUCUCGCCCCGGGAUCACAACGGCCAUGGCACGCACACGGCUUCCACUGCUGCGGGCUCCACCGUGGAGGAGGAGGUGGCCAGCUUCCACGGCCUUGCUGCGGGGGUGGCACGCGGAGGCGCGCCACGCGCUUGCAUCGCAAUGUACAAAUCACUCUGGAGCGUGGACGAAACCGGCUCCACGGCAUCUGUGCUAGCCGCCAUCGACGACGCGAUCCAUGACGGGGUGGACGUAUUGUCAAUGUCCCUCGCGUCCCGUGACGGCUCGGACGACUACUCCUUUGCCACCUUGCACGCGGUCCAGAAAGGGAUCACCGUGGUAUUGUCUGCCGGUAACGAUGGGCCCCGGGCCCAGACAGUCGCGAACAGCUCGCCGUGGGGCAUUACCGUCGCGGCCAGCAAGCUGGACCGCUCGUUCCCGACGGUGGUCACGCUGGGAAACAAGCAACAAAUGGUGGGACAGUCUCUCUAUUACCAACCCAAGAACUCAUCAUCCGGGAGCAGUUUCGCGUCUCUUGCAUGUAUAUCAACCUGCACCAAGGAGGCGCUCGAGGAGGCAUUCUCUGGCGAGGAACUGACUGGGAUAAUCCUGCUCUGCUACAAAGAGCCGCAGGCGCCUUUCAAUCCACAGGGGGUUUUCAUCCAGGCGUCCACGUACGUGGUGGACCAUGGGGGAUCUGGGCUCAUCUUCGUGCAACGCACCACGGAUGCCUUAGAAGUCAUCCCGUAUUACUGCACGGGCAUCGCGUGCGUUCUCGUCGACCCCGAUGUCGGGAACAAGAUGCACCAAUAUUGCAUGGACUCAAGCUCUCCUCGCCUGGCAAAGAUUGAACCAGCACGCACCGUCACGGGCAAGGGCAUACUGGCCCCGAAAGUGGCCACCUUCUCCUCGCGAGGCCCAUCAAUUGAUUACCCCGCCUUCAUCAAGCCUGACAUAGCUGCGCCUGGAUCCAACAUCUUGGCAGCAGUCAGAAACUCCUACGAAACUAUGUCUGGGACGUCCAUGGCAGCCCCACAUGUAACAGGUGUUGCAGCGCUGCUCAAAGCUAUGCACCCAGACUGGUCUUCUGCUGCAAUCAAAUCAGCCAUCGUCACCACUGCCUGUGUAACUGAUCAACGCGGCAUGUCAAUACUGGCGGAAGGACUGCCACGGAAGGUGGCCGACCCGUUCGACUAUGGAGGUGGGAACAUCAACCCUUCCAGGGCAGCCCAUCCAGGACUGGUUUACGACAUUAAUCCACGCGAUUACAACAAAUUCUUCCAAUGUGCAAUCAUCAAUCAGAGGACAUCGACAUCCGUGGGCUGCAACGCCACACUACUGGCGUACAACCUCAACUUGCCGUCCAUUUCAGUUCCCGACCUGAGGGGUCCGAUCACCAUCCCAAGGAUGGUGACAAAUGUCGGCGAUGUCCAUUCAGUGUAUCAUGCCAUAGUGCAAAGCCCAGACGGAGUCAAGAUGGAGGUUUUCCCACCUGUUCUUGUGUUCGACGAUGCGAACAAAGUUCAAAAGUUUGAUGUGAAGCUGUCACCUAUGUGGAACUUGCAAGGGGACUACACGUUUGGCAGUCUUACUUGGCAUAACGACCUACAUACUGUGAGGAUUCCAGUUGCGGCCCGGAUUACAAAUCAGGAUUUCUAUGCGGAUGUUGCAUAAUAAAAUGUAAAUCCCAUCACCUCACUUGCAAUAAAAAUCAGACCUAUAUGGCAGUGACUAGGUAUCCAUGUCAUCCCACAUGUGGGCUCUCUCUGUGUGUGUGUGUGUGUGUGUGACGAGACGAGGCGUUUGAAAUUGUAUUACCGAAGAGAGGAUGGAUUGCAAAAAUAAACGCAUUUGUUAA